AUGGCGUUCGUGUGGAAUGCCGUUAAGCAAAGGUCCGAAUAUUUCGCCAAAUUGCCUAUGCCUCCUACACUCCCGGACACUACAGCUCCUCCGUCCCCUCUCAAUACAUUCCACCCCUUUCCAAGACUCCCAGUCGAGAUUCGCCUCAAGAUUUGGCAGUUGAGUGUCACACCACGCACUGUUGAAGUGCGGCUUCCAGGGCCUUUGUACAUCAAUGAUGACUUGGUGCCGAUCAUAAUUCUUAUUACCGAGCAUGAAUUUAUCUCCAGCACCCCAGCACUUCUACAAGUCUCCAGAGAAGCACGAGAGGAAGUUAUAGGCCUAUAUUGCAACAUAGGGUCGGGUUUCAGUUCCAAUGAUGCCUACUUCCACAUGAAGCUCGACACAAUGCACAUUCGCCAGCAAAAGCCAGACUUAAGUCCGGAGGAGGUUGCUCGGUGCGACCCCACUCUACAAUUCCUCUAUUACAAAACCCAGCUCCUGGCUGUUCUCGAUGUCCUACUGUAUAAGGAUCAGAUUGAGCGGGUUGCUAUUUCCGCUGGAUUCGAUAUAUCGGACACUGUUGACCUGGCUCGGUUUCAACUCGACUAG